AUGGCAUACGAUCCAGACGACUCGGAUUGGUCAGGCGAUUCGGACGACUCAGAUGAUGACUCCAGCGACUCCGACUCACCACUACCACUCAUCACCUUUCCAUGGCUGACCGGCUAUCCACCAACGAAGCCCAACGCAUCGACAACCUUCCUAGACCUUCCAGUCGAGCUGCGCGUUCGAGUAUACGAACUCGUCUUCCACGGCGCCGAACAGCACCUCGCGCACUUUACAGAGCCGCCUCUCCUCAAGAUCUACCCGGCACUGCGCGCAGAGAUGCUGCCAGAGUAUCUCAAAUCCGCAAAGCUCAUCGUCAUUGUUCGCACAAAUCUCGAAUCUGAAGAAGAACCCUCGGAGGUCAUCGUACCCAACCACUUUGCCAGGGCUCACUUCGGCAACGACUACGACCUCCCAGCAGGCAAGCUCGGCCUUCGACGUAGCUUGAAGACGAAACUCGACGCCCGCCAUGGUACUAUGGAACCCGUGGUCUAUCACAUCGAUUUCCGCAGUUACAGCUAUUCGACCACCCUCGACGUUGACGAGAAAGUUGAUCCUGACGAUAUGUAUUACGAUGAAGUGCGACUUUCUGGCUCCGACACGCCGCCGCCGGGUCGACCAUACCACCACGACUCGUCGAUCACGCUGCAUUGGGACCCGGUGGACGGUCUCAGAGUGUCCAAGCUGGAACCGGUUCAUAGUGGGUAUGAUCGGAACUUUCUGGAUGUGUGGAACGACAAGGUCGCCGUGCCGAUCCGAGCUCUAGCAUGGGACAUUGUGAAGAGGCCGGGCUUUUGUGGCUUCACGUUGAAGGACAUCAAGGAAGUGGCGAGGGAGUUUCGUUUGGAUGAUCCGAUGUGGAAGCGCCAAGUUGCGCUCUACAUGUACACUGGAGCUCGAGUGUCUCGACUACGAGAAAUGUCAUUCUUGGAUGGAGACGAUGCUUUCACAGCUCGAGGAUGUCUUGCUAUCAGAGGCCAUCGCUGGAGCAAUGCGCAUAUCGAAGCAGAAGCCGGGACUGAGCAAGGAAAGGCACCACCGUCGAUCCGUUCACGAAGCGUGCAUGGUCGGACAGCACCUGUGUGA